UGGUUUUUGCAAAGUGCUGUUGGUCCGGCUGACAGCUCGAUGUUCGCGCUGUGGAGGUUUGGCUGAGGAGCUGUGCGCAGCAUGGGCACCGGGGAUUACAUCUGCGUUACGCUGCGUGGUGGUGCACCCUGGGGAUUCACUCUGAGAGAGGGAGAGGGGGACACCUACAGACCCUUUUUGGUCUCCAAGGUAGACGAAGACGGUCGCGCCUUCCAAGCUGGAGUGCGGGAAGGUGAUGAGGUGGUAUCACUCAACGGAGAGCCAUGUGCUGAUCUCACCCUCCUACGGGCCUUUGCGCUCAUCGACACAUCGAUCGACUGUCUGCAGCUGCUUGUCAAAAGAUACUGCACCACUCCCUCAGAAGAAUCAGAGGAGACAUACUGUGGUGAGAGGGAUGCCUCUGGUGAGGCUUUAGAAAGCACCACCCUCCACAUCUUCUCCCCAAAGCACAGGUCCCAAAUCCCAAGGGAACUCUACAUAUCUGAGUCCCAGGAUGAGGCCUGCUAUGGGGAAUUGGACAAUAAGUUACCCAAGGGACCCCAGCUGCUCUACACCGAGCUACACGUUCCCUCAUCUGGUGAUCAGAGAAGCCGAGAGCUUGUUUAUAAGCAAAAUGAUGAAGGAACACAGCGGUGCUUCUCGCCUGGGGACAUGGUGGAGCUCCAGGUGUCCCUGUCUGAGCAAAGCUUGGACGAUAUGGGCUGCAGCGCCCUCGGGAGUGCUCAUGGGAUAGAGGGGGAACUCUCAAACAGAGAGGUGGCCGAGACGAUUUACACCGCCACCGCGUCACACCACGUACCGCGUCCUGUCAGAGAGCCGCUCGGCCAGCAUGGAGUGGUGCUCAGCUCCCCUUCGAUGCUGAGGCAGGUGGAGGUCAUUCUGCAGCAGCCGGCAGCAUCAGGAGCAGGGAGGGGCAUCCUGAGUGUGGGUGGCUCCAGGGUCAGUGGAAGUGUUGGAUCCCAAAGUGAAGGAGAAGAAGGAGGAGGGCACAGUGAGGGAGUUCCUGGGUCUUUCACGGUCUCAUUUGGAAUUCCAUCAGAAGAGGUGACACCAGCUGAGGAGCAGGACUCUGACUCUGAGGGGGAUCAAGACAAACCCAACAAGCACAGGGCAAGACACGCCAGGCUCAGGCGCAGUGAGAGUCUGUCCGAGAAGCAGGUGAAGGAAGCCAAGUCCAAAUGUAAACGUAUUGCCCUCCUUCUUACGGCUGCUCCGCCCAACCCCAACAACAAGGGGGUGUUGAUGUUCAAGAAACAUCGGCAAAGGGCCAAGAAAUACACACUUGUGAGCUACGGCACAGGAGAAGACGAACCAGAGUUCAGUGACGAAGACGAGGAAAACGAAGACGACAAAGAAGAAACCCACACUGUUGAAUUUACCCUUGUGGCUCCAGACGGUUCUGAAAUAGACAAGCAUUUCCUCACUAAUGCCCAUAGUAGAAAAGGUGUGCUAACUAUCAACUUGGACAGGGGUCUCCUUGAGAUUGAGAGGAACCUUAACAACCAAAAAGAGAUGGAAUGUUUGCCUGAAACCAAGGGCAAAGGUGCCGUAAUGUUUGCCCAACGGCGUCAGAGGAUGGAUGAGAUUGCUGCUGAACAUGAGGAGCUUAGGCGUCAGGGGAUUCCUGUAGAGGCAGUGCAGACUGCUGAAAAGAAGAUGGAAGAGCACUCCUACAUGCAGUCCACAACAGAAAGCCAUGCUUACAUGGAUGUAAAUAUGCACCAACAAAGCCAACAACAACCAUACCAGCAGUAUCAGGAACAGCAGUACUAUGAGCAACAGCAGAACUACCAACAGCAACAAUAUCAACAACAAUAUCAGCAACAACAGUAUGAACAACAGCAUUAUCAACAACAGCAAGCGUAUCAGCAGCAGCAGCAGCAGCAAGAAUAUCAUCAAGCGCAACAGCAAAUGCAGCACUAUGCUACAAACAUCAAUGGCACAGUCCAACAUCAAACAAGUGAGAUGCAGAGUUCUUUCAGCAAUCGUACUGCAAAGCCUUUCUCGGCAGACAACAUGGUGGCUUAUUCUCCCGCAAUGAGUGGGACCAAUCAAGAUUCUGCAGGGCAAGGAGAGCAGAUAGCUUCCCGUGAUGAGCGCAUUUCCACCCCCGCAAGUCGGACUGGCCUUUUGACAGAUGCAAAGAGGAGGAAUGCUGGCAAGCCUAUGUUCACGUUUAAGGAAGCACCAAAAGUGUCUCCUAACCCAGCACUGCUAAAUCUCCUCAACAGAAGUGACAAGAAGGGGUUUGAGUCAGGACCUGAGGAAGACUACCUUAGCCUUGGGGCUGAGGCUUGUAAUUUCCUGCAGUCUCAAGGAGUUAAACACAAGACUCCUCCACCAGUGGCUCCAAAACCUGUGAUCAACCCCAUCUCUCCUCCUUGGUCCCCACAGAUAGAAAUGACCAACCAGGACAUGCCUCAACAAGCUGAAAAUAGUGUGUCCACACCUGCUGUAGCCCCCACCACAGAGGCUACUCCUGCUCCAGAACUAGAGCCAACCCCUGCACCUGCCCCUGAGCCCUCUCCCCCUCCUACCCCCCAGGAGGCUCUUGCCAGCACCACCACAGAGGAACAGCGCACAUGGACUCUUCCGGAGCCUGAACCUCAACAGCAGCCUCUGCAAAUGACAGCGCAGGAGGAAAAUGGUCACAUGAAUUCGACCCUGCAGCCUGAGCCUGAGCCUGCUCCUGUGACUAGCUGGGCUCCAGCACAAACACAAGUUCAGCAACAACCAUCUACCGAUUCUUGGCACCCAGCUCAAGUGCAGCCCCAGGAACCACCUCCAAGUCAGUCACCACCACAGCCACCUUGGGUGACACGUCAACCUGCUCAGACCCAAGCACAGCCUCAACCUCCCACCAGUACUUGGGCCCCUCAAAUUCAGCCAUCCUGGGCCCAGCCUCAAGGGCAACAACAGGUUCAGCCACCCUGGACACACUCUCACGAGCAACCAAAUCUGCAGCAAAUGCAACCAACUUGGGGUCAACCUCAAGAACCAGUGGAGCAGCAGCCCCAAGCCCCAUGGGCACAGCCAUCACAAACAGACUCUCAGCAUCAACCACCAUGGGUGCAACAACCCCAGCAGAAGCCCCAAGCACAACCUCCUUGGGUUCAGCAGGUUCAGCCAGAAUCCCAGCCACAGCCAACAUGGGCUCAGCAACCACAGCAUCAGGCCCCACAACAAGCAUGGCCACAGGCACAAGCACCAGGUCAGCCUCAACCCCCUUGGGUCUCAGCUCAGGCUCAACAGCAACCUUCAAUUAAUGCAUGGCCUCCAUCACAAACUCAAGCCCAAGUUCAGCCACCUUGGAUCCAAGCAGCUCCAGCUCAACCUCCAGCGCAGCCUCCAGCCGUUUUGAAUCCAUGGCAGCCAGUACCUGCCCAGCACCCCAUGAAUUCUUGGGCCCAAGAGCAAAAUCAGGCCCAACAUCAACCACCUUGGGCUCAACCAGCUCCACCCCAGCCCACACCACAACCAAACUGGCAACAGUCCACUCCAAAGACUCCACCACAACCACCAAUGAAUACAUGGCCUCCACCUCAGGCACAACCGCAGACACCUGUGAAUGCCUGGGCACCACAGUCACAACAAACACCCAUUUCCACAUCAAUGGUGAACACUCGUCCUUCUCCAAAACCUUGGCAACCACCACAGCAGACCCCCCAAAACCGGACCCCUCCACCUCCACCACAGCGAAUGCACUCUUUCACCAUUCGUCAACGAGUUUCAUCACCCAUCAACCCAAUGGCAACUGUCUUAAACCCAGCAUCCCAAGGUUCAUCUUUCGAGAUGCCAGCCGUUCGAGGGAAAGGAGCUGAUAUGUUCGCCAAGAGGCAGUCUCGUAUGGAGAAAUUUGUUGUGGACUCUGAGACUGUGCAAGCAAACAAGGCAAGCCGGUCAACAUCACCAACUGCUUCCUUACCGAAUGAGUGGAAAUAUACACCAAAUGCACUUGGCAGGAGCUACUCGCUUUCCCCACCAGCCAGAGUACCAUCAACGGGCCAGAAGUCUGUUUCGGCUUCAUCUUCCCCCAAGCCUCUGGCUAAGGCCUCCACAACUACCCCAGUAAGACAGACACCCUGGCUAGAGAAAGGCCGCAAACCCCUUCAGCCCUGGGAGGCCGCCUCUCGGCAUCCCCUGGGCCUGGUGGAUGAAGCCUUUGCUUUCCAGAGCCUCCAGCAAAGCCUCGCCACAAAUGUCCGCUUGGCAGCCCAGCGCAAAAUGCUGCCCGAGCCGCCAGCAGAGUGGAAGGCCAGGGUGUCUUAUGAAGCCCCACAGAAAACAGGCAGCCAGACUUGGAGCCAAAGCCGGAGUCAGAGUCGAGCUCCUCUGCCGACAUUCGGGUCCCUGACAAGGAGCAGUGUCUCGACCCCUGCCGAUCGUGCUGGUUACAGCUCCCUGCCCAGACAGUGGCAGCCUCAGAGGUCAGUUACACAGGCAAACCGGGGGCCCUCGGUGUCCCCUUCUGAGUUUAAGAGGCCCUCGGAAAAACAAACUUACAAGUCUGUGUACACCAGCAACACUUGGAGUUGGAGGCAGUAGGACACAACUCGACCUGUCUGACCUUUGAUGAGUAAGAUCGCAAGUUUCACUGAUUCAGUAACACAUUCAAGUGCAGUUUCUUUUUAACUCAUCACUAUCUAAAAGAAUAACAUUUUUACAUUUCUGCUUUUUUUGCUGUCGAAUAUUUAGUAUGAAAAGUUUUAGAUGGAAUUUUUGCAUGCCGUAAUCAAAUGUGAAAAGAGACGAUUACUCUAACAAUAUGUGGAGACUUAAAAGUGAUUUCUGUAACAUUAAACUGACAGCUUUGUAGUUUGGUAAAUACACUGAAGUGGCUUGUAGAUGAGGCAGUGAGUAUGUUGUUUGGAUAUAAUGAGUGCAAAUGGACGUGUCGAGUAUAAAAUACGUGGAAAGAUUUGAGUGAUUGUAAAGUAACAGUACAUCUGGAGAAAACUAACUUGACUGUUCAGUUAGGAUUUCAGAAUAUAGUAAACAGGUAAUUAUGGUGUCCUCAGAAAAGAGAUAUGUAAGGAUGCUAAGAGGGAGGAAGACACAGUGACCCCACCAUUCUUGAAUUGUUUUGAGCGUAUGGAUUUGCCAUGCAUCCUGGUGGAUGUACGUAUUUAGCAUGCAGUGAUUGCACACUUUUUUUUUUUUUUGCUGGCUUUGUUUGAUUUUUCAAUCCAUGAAACUUGAGAAUGAUUACAUUUGCAGUGUUUUCCAGAUCAGCAAAUCAUUUUAGUGUCCGAAUCCAAUUAGCGAUGCAUUAGAAGUCGGGCUUAAAACUUGGGGGAAAGGUUAGCGCUAUAACUCAGCAUGUUGUGUGUGUGGACAUGUGGUUGCGUAAGCUCCAGUAAGUGAGAUUAAUUCACUUAUUUUCCAGGUGCAUUUUAAUUAGUGCAUUAGCAUUUGGCCAUAAGACGAUGAGAUGAGAUGAGAGAGCUGAAAAUGGGGCAUCUGUGCUACCGAUAGAGGUUUUCAAAACUCUUUUCUUUGGGCACCUUUAAAUUGGCACAUGCCAGUUGUUGUUGGGAGUGACCUGAUGAGUCCUAAUUAUGACUACAAUAAAAGAUUGUUUAGUUUAUGAUAGAUUUACUGGCACUGGGAGAAUUGCUUACAGUAUGUUAGUGGUUUGUGUGUUUGGUUUGGACUUUUGCUGUAGACUCCAAAGAUUAAACUUAGCUUGGUGUUUCCACAGAGUGUACAUAAUGUCCCAAUGUGAUUCCCACCGAGCAGUCUCAUAAACAUAAACAGGAUUUAUCACACAGCAUUGUGUCGUGCCUCGACUGACUCACUCAGCAUCCUGACAUACUGUAGUGUAUCUGUGAUAAUUACACUGUAUUGCUUCCAUUCAAACAACGCUUAUUAUGAUCGUAAUGCAACACCAGUAAUCAAUUUCUGUUCCAAACUAUUUCAGAUAUGGAUUCACAUAAAAGCAUUUUGCAAAAUAAAUACAACCAGAUAGCACUAUUUCACAAAUUGCACUGUGUGUUUGUGCUCUUUGCUCUCUAUUCCAAGCAUGAAACAC